UGGCAUUUCCUGCUGUUUUGUUCUUUCAAUAAUUUGGUUGUGUGUUGUGUCAAGUGUCCAUCUAUUUAUACCCACACUCCACUCUACAUGCUUUCAUCAAAAACAUUACAAACACAAACAUCUCAUCAUUCAUUCAGGCAUCUCAAAUAUAUAGUAAAGAUAUAUAGCAUGAGUUCAACAAGCAGGGCAUGGAUGGUAGCCGGAACAGUUGGGUUGGUGGAAGCACUCAAAGAUCAAGGUUUUGCACGGUGGAACUACACCAUCAGGACCAUCCACCACCACGCCAAGUCCAACCUCCGGUCACUCUCCCACACCAAACACCUUUCUUCUCCGGCAGCCAUGGCUUCAACGGGUUGGAAAGAAGAAAAGGCUAAACAAUCAGAAGAGUCGUUGAGAAAAGUCAUGUACUUGAGUUGUUGGGGUCCUAAUUAAAUACCCUUUUUUUUAAUUAUAGGAUACUUUGAUUGUACAUCAGUUACCAGAAUUCUACAACUACUUGCUAUACAGAAAAUAAAAUUUUAAAAGAUUCUUCGUUGAUGUC